CACGAAUCAGGGUUUGCCGACUUAACUCCGGAUUACUAACACCGACAUCGGGGAGUAACUACCUGAUGUGGCUGCGCCGUCCGGAGAUAUAACAAGAGCUUGAUUCAGGAAGGCGAAGUCAAAGAAAUUUACCGGACUGUGCUACUGAUUUGCCUAUAAUUUAGCUUGUUCUCCCCUCCAGAAAUCAAUUCUUCAAGAUAGAGCACAGCUUGUCCUGAAUCCUCGAAAUGCCCAUCAUCACCGCUGCCACGACCCUGCGUCGUGCCCUACAAGACCCCGAGUGCUUUAUUUCUGCCCCUGGUGUCUACGAUGGUGUUUCUGCGCGGAUCGCCUUGUCCGUUGGCUUUGACGCUCUCUACAUGACCGGCGCCGGCACCGCCGCCUCCGUGCACGGCCAAGCAGACCUCGGCAUUUGCACAUUGAACGAUAUGCGCACCAAUGCCGAAACUCUCGCCAACAUCUCCCCCUCGACACCCCUUAUCGCUGACGCAGACACCGGCUAUGGCGGCCCCAUUAUGGUCGCCCGCACGACUGAGCAAUACUCCCGCUCCGGCGUGGCAGCCUUCCAUAUCGAAGACCAAGUCCAGACCAAACGCUGCGGACAUCUUGGUGGGAAGAUUCUUGUUGACACAGACACGUAUGUCACGCGGAUCCGCGCGGCUGUGCAGGCGCGUCAGCGCAUGGGGAGCGAUAUCGUUGUGAUUGCGCGGACAGAUGCGCUUCAAAAGCACGGCUAUGAGGAGAGUUUGGACCGUCUCAAGGCUGCGCGGGAAGCCGGCGCGGAUGUUGGAUUCCUGGAAGGUAUCACAUCGCGUGAAAUGGCGAGACAGGUAGUUAAAGAUCUGGAGGGGUGGCCGUUAGUUCUGAACAUGGUGGAGCACGGAGCUACGCCGUCGAUCUCGGCGCAGGAGGCCAAGGAGAUUGGAUUCAAGCUUAUCAUCUUCCCGUUUGCGGCGUUAGGGCCUGCGCUAACUGCUAUUCGGUCUGGGAUGGAGAAGCUUAAGAAGGAUGGGUUGCCGGGGUUGUCGGAGGAUAUGACGCCGCAGACGCUAUUCCGGGUUUGUGGGCUGGAUGAGAGUAUUAAGGUUGAUGCGGAUGCUGGGGGUGGUGCUUUUGAAGAGGGUGUUGAUUUGAAGAGGACGGGCUGAGGGGAAACUCAUAAUCCUGGUUACGAUGUACGUCUAUAUUAUUAAUACAAUUUAUUUGCUGUAAGCUCAA